CUUGGGCAGCUUAGAGUGACACCUCGGGUUCUAGUUGGUCACAGCUUUGGGGGGAAAGUGGCCUUGAGCAUGGUGGAACAAGCUGCAAAGCCACUUGCGCGACCUGUUAGAGUUUGGGUUUUAGAUGCUACUCCUGGAAAAGUUCGAGCUGGUGGAGACGGAGAUGAUCAUCCCGCUGAACUGAUAUCUUUUCUAGCUAAAUUACCAAAGGAGAUCUCUUCAAAACGGGAUGUUGUUAAUGCUCUUGUUCAGGAAGGGUUUUCGGUGGAUGUAGCGCAGGUAUAUCUCCAACACUUUGAAUUACAUGCUUCUACUUGA